CAAAGAGAAACCGGGAUUCUUCUUCAUCGAGUCCCUGGAGAGACCUUGUAGAUAAUCCCAUGCAUUGGCGUGAUUUCCGUGAAAGCAAACGCAAUGGAUUGGUAAAACCAAGGCACCCUGAUUUCAAACCCAAGGAUGGACAUUCUCUCUGGCUUAGCAAGGAUAAUGAAUGGGUUUUACCUAAACUGAAAGGACUUCAAUUUGAUGUUCCAGAUUCUAUAUCCAAAAAAGGUGGAGGUGAGUCCUGGAAUGAUUUGGUGCAAAAUCCAGAUAACUGGUGGGAUAAUAGAUUAAAUAAGGUAAUCCCAUUUUCUGUUUUGUCCUUGUGUUCUUAAAUCUUUACAAGUUUAAUAUUACUUUAUUAGAUUUUUUGUAUUGAGUUAGUAGUUCAUUUCGCAAGUUCUGUUUUUGCGAUAUUUUUAUAAAACUUAGUAUCUCAACCAAUCGGCUACUUAGCAUUUGACUUGCAAUCUUUACCAAGGCAGAUAUAGAUAUAUUAGCUAGGUAGCUGCUUCUGAUGUGAAAAGGCAUUUAUCAUCAGACCAGAAUUUCUGUUACUCCUGUACAUCCUUAUU